GCGGCACUCAUUGCCGUUACUGUGCGCCGGAAGGAAGCUCUACGAGCGCUUUUGGAAUUAUGGCGGCGGUGGAUAUCCGAGAUAACCUGCUGGGAAUCUCUUGGGUUGAUAGCUCUUGGAUCCCCAUUUUGAACAGUGGUAGUGUUCUAGAUUACUUUUCAGAAAGAAGCAAUCCUUUUUAUGACAGGACGUGUAAUAAUGAAGUGGUCAAGAUGCAGAGGCUAACAUUAGAGCACUUGAAUCAGAUGGUUGGAGUUGAAUACAUCCUUUUACAUGCUCAAGAGCCCAUUCUUUUCAUCAUUCGGAAGCAACAGCGGCAGUCCCCUGCUCAAGUUAUCCCACUGGCUGAUUACUAUAUCAUUGCUGGAGUCAUCUAUCAGGCACCAGACUUGGGAUCAGUGAUCAACUCCAGAGUGCUCACUGCAGUACAUGGUAUUCAGUCAGCUUUUGAUGAAGCUAUGUCAUACUGUCGCUAUCAUCCUUCCAAAGGGUAUUGGUGGCACUUCAAAGAUCAUGAAGAGCAAGAUAAAGUCAAACCUAAAGCCAAAAGGAAAGAAGAACCGAGCUCUAUUUUUCAGAGACAGCGUGUGGAUGCUUUACUUGUUGACCUCAGACAAAAAUUCCCACCCAGAUUUGUUCAGCAAAAGUCUGGAGAAAAGCCUGUCCCAGUGGAUCAGACAAAGAAAGAGGCAGAACCUCUCCCAGAAACUGUGAAAUGCGAGGAGAAGGAGAGCACGAAGAAUGCUCCGCAGACUGUGAGCACUAAAGGGCCCCCUGAGAAACGAAUGAGACUGCAGUGAAUGGUGGACACGAGCCCCUUGUCAGUCACUGUACCUCAGCACCGUGGGAGGCGCUUGAGUCUUAAAACACUAUCGCAGCCCUCUGCGUGUGUGGAGCACUUGUUUUUUCCAAAAGGACGUUCUUCCUCCCAGGAUUUCUAUGUGAAUAUUUCUUACGUAUCUUUUGUAACCUUUCCUCUACUGGACAUGGGCAGUGCACCUAACUCACAGAUACACCAAUAUAGAUCCUUAAAAACAAUAAAGUUAUUUGUAUAUAUUACUCA